AAAGUAAAUGUGUGACGUGGAGAAAAAAAAACGGAGAAACAAAGCUGCUGUAGCCGCUGCUGCUCGGACUGCUCGGGCAUUUGUUUCUCCGGAAAGCAGAAAAACGUCCAGCCUUCCUGUGUGGAUGCAGAGAGCCGCGUAGUUCUGCUCUCCGCUCUCCCGCCUCAGCUGAACAGCCUCUCCGGUCUUUCGUGGUGUUUUCGCUAACGACCCCGCCGAGCUAGCCUGUUAGCCGCCUAACGACCCUGCUGAGAAGCGCGACUCGCUCCUCCAGAUUUACAUUAAAAAGCGUCGUUCAGCUGCUCUCCACGUUGGCCGUGAGUGAACAUGGGGCUGACCAUUUCAGGCGUCUUUUCUCGUCUUUUCGGCAAGAAACAGAUGAGAAUUCUUAUGGUUGGUCUUGAUGCGGCUGGGAAAACUACAAUCUUGUACAAACUUAAACUUGGAGAAAUAGUCACAACAAUUCCAACCAUAGGCUUCAAUGUUGAGACUGUCGAGUACAAGAACAUUUGUUUCACCGUUUGGGACGUGGGUGGCCAGGAUAAGAUCAGACCUCUUUGGAGGCACUACUUCCAGAAUACGCAGGGUCUCAUCUUUGUUGUAGACAGCAAUGAUCGUGAGCGUGCACAGGAAGCUGCUGAGGAGCUGCAGAAGAUGCUUCAGGAGGAUGAGCUCAGAGAUGCGGUUCUACUGGUAUUCGCCAACAAACAAGACUUGCCCAAUGCCAUGCCCAUCAGUGAGAUGACAGACAAACUUGGUCUGCAGGCACUUAGGAGCAGAACUUGGUACGUUCAAGCAACCUGCGCCACUCAGGGAACAGGUUUGUAUGAAGGAUUGGAUUGGCUUUCUGAGCAACUGUCCAAACGCUAAACUGCGAUGAUUGGAUGACCAAGAGGUGUAUUUUAAUCAAGGACAUGACCAGCAGACCUGAUAGACACAUGGGACAUAUUGGAGUAUACCUGGGUACCAAAUUCACCACUGAGGCAAUUUUGACAGUGUUUUUUUUUUUCUGUUCUUUUUUUUCUGCAUUGGGUUGACUGAACUUGAACUUCCUCGAUCAUUUCUACCGGGCGUAUGUAACUGUGCCUGUUGUAGUUUAAUGUGGACUAACGAUUCAAAAGCUUGUAAGUUAGCUCACCAUGGGGAGGAAAGUUAAAGGAUAGAGAUACGCAAAAAGUGAUGGAUUCUCAGCAUGUUAGGUUCUUGAAUUUUGUCAAAGAUGGGAUCAUAUUUAUAUUUAACACACAAACACAUUUCUGCUCUGGCUUUAUUCAGUUUAUUAUUUCAUGUAGUCUUAUUAUUACAUUUGCAUGGCUUUUAAUCUGGACCACUUCCGUUAAAGGAAUUUAGAUACAGUCUUGUAGCAAAAAAAAAAAGCAGGCAUUGCAGUUUUGGGAACAUAAAACACUUUCGGGCUGUGCUUAGACACACGGCAAUAUUGCUCAGAUGAUUUUAAUUUUUGUUUUUAUUUAACCUGAACAGAUAUGUGCUUUUGUGGUCCUAGCCACACUUGUGUAAUGAUCACAGAAUGGUAGAGGGAGUCUUUGUAGCAAAUAGAAAGGUAAUUUGAUGUAUUACAGUGGCAUAGGGAAAGGCUUUAGUUGGACUUUCAGAACAGAUCAGAUUGGCAAAUAGUAAGAAUUGAUACUCUGUCUUAACUGAGCCUUAACACAGAUUACUAGCAAUUUUGAAAGAACUGGUUCACCGAAAAGUCAAAUCAACACUAUUUCUCCCUUAGCUUACAUUCAGUCAAUCAGCCAAACAUGUUUGGUGUUUAAAGUUUACUCCAUUUUACGGUGGAGUUAACACAGCAUGAGUUUACAUAGACUUCCAUUAUUAUUUUUAGCAAUGUUAGCCUCAUAGUUACAGUGCAAAACUAACAAAGCACCAAACAUGUCUUGGCUGACUAUGUAUAAAGGGUGUUUUUCAGUGAAUCACUUUUGACUUGACCACGUUUGCCCAUUUUUGUAAAUAAACAGCCUUUAUCUGUAUUUACAACAACUGCCUUAAAAUAUGCUUUUUCUUGCUGUGCGAAUGUAUGUCAGUUAGGUUUUAAUUCCUAGUAAUAUGUACCUUAUUUGAAGUCAGCCAAAUAUCACAUAUCACAAUAUUCCUUUUUUUUUUUUUUUAAACUUGGAUGCUGACAACAGCACCUUGAUACCCAAGUGGUCAGUCUGAGCAGGCAUUUGCAAUCUUACAUAUGAACUUUUGCUUUUCAUUAGCCCAUGUACAAUUUCUAAUAAAAAUUGAAAUAAA